CCAACCCCGAAAUAAUAAUUACCAAAAAAUCUUCUUCUUCCGCAACAACACCAACACACACACAACAAAUAAAAAAAAAAAAGAAAAAGAAAAAGAAAAGGAGAUUCACAUAUUAUUCUUAGAAGAAGAAUCUAGGCUCUCCCUGAUCCGUAACAGCCGUCGAAUGUUUCCAUCCACGGCUGUUUCCUUCCCAGGUUGUAUUUGGAUGCUGAUGGCAGAAUUGGGUAUGUCUUGAGCAAAGUUUAACUCUUGGUUCUCAAUCACCGGUUGAAUAGUUUCUGUCCAUAUUGGGUUGGGUUGUAUUAUUUCACUUCUGCAAAGAAUCGUAAAUAAAAGUCUAUUGUGAUAGAAUCUUGCUUGGGGGUGUAGAUAUUAUCGCUUUGGUAAACAUGGUGCUGGUGGAGUCAAUUGCGACAACAUCUCUUCUUGGGCACCGACCAUUGUGUGGAAUCAUUUCCAUUAAGGAUGUCUCCUGCAAACAGAAAUCUUCGAGUUACUGCCGGUUUCCAUCCUCAGAAUUUAUUGGUAAAAGGAUUGUUGAGUCUCCUUUGCCAAGAUUGAUAGUUGGAAGGUUAAUUAAUUUGCCAAUUAAGGCUCUUGCAAUGGAGCUGACAAAAGAGGUUCAUGCAUAUAGAGAUGAACAAAGAACACCAAGGAAUUGGAAUUAUCAGAUUGAUACUAGCGUAGGUCAAAAGCCUUGCUCAUGGCCACCAGAGAACAGAGCUGAUAAUGCUUCGUUACACAACCCCUUGCUUCGACAAGAAAGGAUGGGUUGUGGCUGGUUAGGUGCUUUAUUUGAAUGGGAAGGAGUUAUAAUUGAAGAUAAUCCUCAGCUUGAGAAGCAAGCCUGGCUGGCUCUUGCUGAAGAAGAAGGAAAAUCUCCUCCCCCUGCCUUUAUCCUUAGAAGAAUAGAAGGGAUGAAGAAUGAGCAAGCAAUUUCUGAAGUUUUGUGCUGGUCAAGAGACCCAGCACAAUUGAGAAGAAUGGCUGCAAGGAAGGAAGAAAUUUACCAAGCUUUGCAAGGAGGGAUAUAUAGAUUACGUAAUGGUUCCCAAGAGUUGGUAAAUGCCCUGACACGUUACAAGAUACCAAUGGCAUUGGUUUCUACCCGACCAAGAAAAGUUAUUGAGACUGCAAUUCGAGCCACUGGGAUUGAAGGGUUCUUCAGUGUCAUUGUAACAGCAGAGGAUGUUCACCGGGGGAAACCAGAUCCAGAAAUGUUUGUUUAUGCCGCUCAGCUCCUGAAAUUUAUACCUGAGCGCUGCAUUGUGUUUGGGAACUCUAACCAGACAGUUGAAGCUGCCCAUGAUGCGCGGAUGAAGUGUGUAGCUGUUGCUAGCAAGCAUCCAGUGUAUGAGCUUGGGGCUGCAGACUUGGUGGUAAGCCGUUUAAAUAAGCUUUCAAUUGUUGAUCUGAAGAACCUUGCUGAUAUAGAGUCAGCUGAAUUUGGAUCUGGAGAGCCUGAGUUGGAGUUGGAGAUGGAAGAAGAAGAGUAUGGCCCAUCCACCUCACUAGCAGUAGAUGAUAUUUUCUGGUAACCCCAAAGAAAUGUAAAUUCAUAUGAUUCUUGAUGAUAACGGUUCAUAGUGGCCCUGAUGUGUAUAACAGAAGAAAGAUGCAGAAAGAAAAAAAAUAAAUGUAGAAAAAUUACAAAGGUGGUCUGCAUUGGACUGCUAUAACAUUGCAAUGUAUGUAUUAGUUGUGUAAUAUAUAUGCUUUAAAAUUUCACUGUUUUUUUCCGUGAUUCA